AUGGCUGCCCCCAGCGAUGCUCGAAGGUGGCAGCUGCUUUUGCUGCUGCUCGCAGGCCUCACGCAUAAAUCUUCAGAGUUUGUGGUAGAAUUCAACGGAACAGCUUGCAUAAUGGCCAGCUUCUCAGCUACCUUCUUCAUAAACUAUGAGACCAAGAGUGGUUUUAAGAAUGCGACCCUUGACCUGCCACCUAACGCGACAGUACUGAAUAGCAGCUUCUGUGGUAAAGAGAAUGCUUCUGAGUCGCGUCUUGCCAUUGCUUUCGGAAGCGGACAUACACUGACACUACAAUUUACAAAGAAUGCCACACGUUACAGUGUUCAGACGCUAAGUUUUGCUUAUAACAUGUCAGACACAAAAGCCUUCCCCAGUGCAAGCUCCACAGGAAUCCAGACUGUGAACUCCACCAGUGACAUCGUGGCAGACCUAGAUAAAAAAUACAGGUGUGUGAGCCACACCCAGAUACACAUGAGCAACGUGACGGUCACUCUUCACAAUGCCACCAUCCAGGCCUUCCUGUCUCACGGUAACUUCAGCAAGGAAGAGACACACUGUAAGCAAGACUACAUCUCCCCAACAACAGCAGCCCCAAGUCCAAAGCCUACAACUCCUUCGCCUUCUCCAGUACCAGAAAACCCCUCGGUGUCUAAUUACAACGUGAGUGGCAGCAACGGAACCUGCCUGCUUGCAAGGAUGGCGGUGCAGCUGAACAUGACGUACGAGAAGAGUGACAACGCGACCGUGACGAGGGUGCUCAACAUCAACCCGAACAAGACCAGUGCCAGUGGGAGCUGCUCCUCUCGUCUGGUGACCCUGGAGCUGCGGGGUGAAGGCAUCAACCUGCUCCGCUUCACGUUCGGAAUGAAUGCCAGUGCUAGCCGGUUUUUCCUGAGAGGAAUCCAUGUAAAUACAACUCUGCCUGAUGCCAGAGAUCCCGUCUUUAAAGCUACCAACGAUUCCCUGAGAGCACUUCAGGCCACUAUUGGGAAUUCGUACAGGUGUAACGCUGAGGAAAACAUCCAAGUCACAAAGACAUUUUCAGUCAACGUCUUCAAUGUGUGGGUCCAGGCUUUCAAAGUGGAAGGCAAUGAAUUUGGAUCCGUGGAGGAAUGUCAGCUGGAUGAAAACAACAUGCUGAUCCCCAUCGCUGUAGGGGGCGCCCUUGCAGGCCUCGUCCUCAUUGUCCUCAUUGCUUAUCUCAUUGGCAGGAAGAGAAGUCACGCGGGGUAUCAGACAAUUUAG